AUAAAAAGAAGAGGAGAGGAAGGGAAGCGGAUUGCUGCAGCUCAUUCGAGUCAACAUAACGCAGGAGUUUAAUUCCUCCCCUCCCAGCCGCACCGUCCACAAUGACAAUCUAAUUAGCGGUGCGCCAAAAAAAAAUAAAAAUAAAUAAUAAUAAUAAUAAAAAAAAAUUACGCAUAACUUUUUCUUCUUCUCCAGUCGUUUUGCCGGGUCGAUCCUCGCCGGUAAAUAUUAAAAAGGAAAGAAAAGAAAACCAGUGGAUCAUCGCUCAUCACUCGGACCUCGGAUCUCCUGCGCACGCGACCAGGCAUUGGGGGAUCUUUAGGGGGGGAGGGGGGCUUCUGGAUCUUGUGAUGGGGGCAGUGGCUGAGGUCGGGAGCUUCGCCAACGGGUUUCUGGAUAGCUUUGGAGCCGCUUCGGCUUCGGUCGGUUCGCAUUUCGUUCUCACCCCAGCGGGGGCCGUGGACUACAACUCUGCAACGGGACUGAUGCUGGGAGGACAGCCGCUGCUGCAGCAGCACCAUCACCACCAGCACCACCACCAACAGCAGCAGCACCAGCAGCAGCAGCAGCACCACCACCACCAGCACCAGCAGCAGGAGAACCUGGUGUCCGCGGAGAGGCUAUCCCGGAGCCUGGCGGACCUGAGCCACCUGAAAGGGAUCCUGAGGCGGCGGCAGCUUUACUGCAGGACCGGCUUCCACCUGGAAAUCCAUCCGGACGGGACGGUGGAGGGCACCAGGAAAGACCACAGCAGAUUCGGUAGGGAUUGUAGCAGCAGCA